CCCUACUGACUGCUAUCCAAAAGUAAUGCCUCAAAACCAAGCCUUCACGGAAGGGGAAUCUCUUACACAAGGGAGGGGAAGGCUGUGUUGAUGCUGAUGCUGCUUUUUCAAAAGCUGCUGUUGCGUAAGCAUGAAGCCUUGGGCAGCACAGAAAACGUGGAGAACGUCACUUCCCAGAGAGCUUGAUACAGGAUUGCCUUCUGAAUUUCUUCCUCGAUGCUUAUCCAAAACUUCAAGGCUUAUGUAAAUCCUGCAGGUUCACUCGCAGUUUGAUGCACUGAGGCUUCAGAGGAUGUUUCUGUGCGUAGCCUGGGGGCACGGCUACUGAGAAGAGUCUCCUCUUUCCUGUUGCUAUUUUCCAGCUCCAGCUGCCUUAAGCAACACUUAAGAGGCCACAAGCUUUCCAGUAUUGUCUGUUGGUGGCUACAGGGUGAGAAUAUCUGCUGCAGAGAGGCUGGGAGGGUAGUAACAGCUGCUGGAGGUGUGCUGUUCUCCCAGUGCCCUGUGCAGGUUUUGGUGGGAUGUCUUUAUAAAAGAUGAAGCUGGUGAAUUGGGAGUCCCUGCUUGCAGCUUCUUUCUGUCCAAAAGCAAGGAGAAAAUCGCCAUUCUCAGCUCUGAGGAGGACAUUCUGAUGCUCAGAGCCUCUGCUCUGCACGUGCUGAGAGGUGGAUGCAGGGAGCACCCUGCAGUGUGCUGCUGCAGGGACUGGUUUCAGGUGGCAGGCUUGAUAUCCAGAAACCGUAGCUUGUAUGUUUGUUUUCCAAGCACCUAAGGCUUGAAAUCAAAUACACUCUGAGUAUUGCCAUUUAAAUUUCCUUACAUUAAUCUUAAUGCUGGCUGCUAACCGAGACCAGAUCUUUCUCAAACACAUCUGGUGACCGGGCAGAUCGCAGCCCUCCCUUCUAUGCGUGUGCUUUGCUGGAGAGCUGUGAGGCUCUGAGGGGGGGGUUGGAAACACAGAGAAGGGGCUGAGCUGCUCCUGGGGUGCAUCACAGAGCUGCAAGCCCUGGUUUGGAAUCCCAUGUUGAUGUGGAGGUGGCCUCGGGAGCCCAUUUCUGUGUUUGUUUUGCCUCAAAAGCACUCAUGGAGGCUCUACCUUCACUUAACCAAAUCUCGGUGAGGUGAGAGUUGUUGUGCAGAGUUUCCUCUUUAUAUCCUCUUAUGUCACGCCGCCCCGCCGGCUGAGCGCUCUCAAAAUAGCUGCCAAUCCCUGUAGGUUUCACUUCAAGGUCUCUAUUCUUAGCCUGCUGGUUAGCUGAGCAAGCCGCCUUGCUCAGUAGUCAUGAGUUCAAGGACCGAAGGGUGAAGAAUAGCAAACUUGUGCCAUGCGAAAGUUGUGUUUGCGUUUCAUGGCAGCUUUGAAGGGACAGCUCGGGCACAGCCCUACCCAGCAGCCUCAGCCUGCUGUGCUCAAAGGCUUCUGCACCGACGUGAGCACGAAAUAAGAGCUGCCGGCGUUGGUGUGCGCUCCGGAGGAGGCAGACGGCUCUGCAGAUGGAAUGACUCAGUGCACGAGAGUUCAUUAAGUGCCCUUUUGCAUCUGGCCCAUCUUCAAGCAGUCUUAUCUUGCUGCGUCUCGGUGCUGCCUCGAUGACCAGAUACGUGCACAGCAGGAACGAAGCAGAAGUGAAUGUGGGAUGCGGAGCGGUGGCUUCCCGGGAGCGGAACUAGCUGGAUGUUCUCAGCCUCAGGGCACAUCUCUGACUCUGUCUGCGGCGCUGGUGAUGUUCAGCCCGUCCUCUGCUGUGACCCCGUGCACCUCGCCACGGGUGCCCCAGGCCGUCCCCAUGGACCUGCGCAUCGGGCAGCGUGUUGUCAAGCCCGGCUCCGACACGGCCUUGCUGGCUCUGAAGCACACGCAGCAGCUGCAGCACCAGCUCUUCCUCGCCAGCCUGCACCAGCAGCAAGUGGAGCAGCUCGCCCACCAGCACGUCAGGGUGACCAUGGAGACCUCGCACCGUGAGGCAGAGCCCGGGCAGCAGGAGCAGGAGCUGCGGCAGAUCCUCAAUAAGGACAAGAGCAAAAGAAGUGCUGUGGCCAGCACAGUGGUGAAGCAGAAACUGGCUGAGGUCAUCCUGAAGAAGCAGCAGGCAGCAGCUUUGGAAAGAACCAGCAACCCCAACCCUCCAGCCAUGCCAUACAGGUCUCUGGAGCCUCUGGAUCCUGAAGGUCCUUCCCCUCCUGUACUCAGCACCUUCCUGUCCCCGGUCCCUAGCACUUCUCUUGAUCCCCCAGAGCAUUUUCCACUGCGGAAGACAGCAUCUGAGCCCAACCUGAAGGUGCGUUGCAAGCCCAGGAAGUGCCUGGACCGCCGCAAGAACCCCCUGACACGGAAGGAGAGCGCUCCCCCCUCUCUGAAAAGGAGACCACCUGAGACCAUUGAUUCCUCCCCAAGCAGUAGCAGCACCCCUGUGUCCGGCUGCAGCUCUCCCAAUGACAGCCUCCCUGCUGAGCACGGAGCUCUUCCCACUGCCUCCAGCAUGGCCCACGAGGCACCCCUGGCCCAGCGCCUGAUGAUGCAGGAGAGCUCCCUGGCCCAGUUUGCCUUGCAGAGUGCAGUCUCCCUUCCUGCCAUCACACUGGGAUUGCCAGCCACCACUAGUGCCAGGGGAGAUGCGGAUCGUCGCCCUCUCUCUGGCCUGGCACACCGAGUGCCUGUGUUGAACGGGCCUGUCCUCACGGGCACACACUCACCCAUGUUCAUCCCUGCUGGCUUGGAACAGCACGAGGCUGGGAGCCCCUUGUCCCCUCGGCUCCAGCCUGUCAUCAUCCUCGAGCCCUCAGUCACCCACGCUCCACUUGUGGCAGUGCCAGGUCUGGGGACAGUCCCCUUCUCCUUCGCCCCAUCGCUCAUCUCUGCAGAGCGCCUGUCGCUCCCAGGCCACCACAAACCACUGGGCAGGACCCGCUCAGAGCCCCUGCCCCAGAACCCCAAAGCCAUCCAGCAGCAGCUGGUGUACCAGCAGCACCAUGCCCAGUUCCUGGAGAGGCUCAAGCAGCAGACUCACCUGGGCAAGCGCAUGGUGAAAACCAGCGAGAAGCCCCGGCUGCGGCAGAUCCCCUCCUCAGAGGACAUGGAGGCAGAGGGGAUGGAGGCUGGGGCUGAGAGCAGCGAGCAGGCAAGGGCAUGUGUGGAGCCUGCACGGCCAGGGAGCAGCGGGAAGGAGCCUGAGAGACCUCAGAAGAUGCUGCAGCCUCAGGAGGAGCUCAUCCUCCAGCAGGCCUAUCUCUGGGACCCCUACCAGCGUGUGCAGCACCAGCUCCUCAAACGGCAGCCCCUGGCUGACUCCCCCAUGGUCCCGACCAUCCUCGCAGGGCACAGACCCCUCUCCAGGGCCCAGUCAUCUCCUGCCACGGCGACUGUUUCCCUCCCUGCUCAGGAUACGACCUCCAAGGCGCUCUCCCUGCCGGUGCAGGAGCAGACCAGCAAGCCUCAUUUCACAACAGGACUGGUUUAUGACUCGGUGAUGCUCAAACACCAGUGCUCCUGUGGUGACAACAGCAACCACCCAGAGCACGCGGGUAGGAUUCAGAGCAUCUGGUCCCGACUGCAGGAGAGGGGUCUGCGCAGCCAGUGUGAGUGUCUGCGGGGACGCAAGGCCACCCUGGAGGAGCUGCAGUGCGUCCACACCGAACGCCACGUCUUCCUCUAUGGCACCAAUCCCCUCAACCGCCUGAAACUGGACAAUGGGAAGCUGGCAGGGAUCCUGUCACAGCGGAUGUUCGUCAUGCUGCCCUGUGGAGGGGUGGGGGUAAGUGCUCCUUCUUUGCUCAGGGUGUUUUUGGAUGGGGUUGCUCAUUUCUGGGGCCUCUCUCGCGGGCCUGAGUGGAGAGGGAACUCCCAAAGCCAUCGGGCUGCUCUCAGCCCUCAACCCUGUGUGUCUGUGGGGUGUCCUGAUGGAGCUCAGAGCCUUGAGGUGACUGGGGUAGAAGCUGGUCUGUGGCCUCUCUGUAGGGAGAAUGGACUCAGCCCAAGCAACAACAGCCUGCAUGUGAACACAGGAAAAUGUCCCAGCCUCCCUCAAAUGGGAGCAGGAUAUCGUUGUAGCACAGCUUCCCGUUAUCCUUGGGAGCAUCUUGAAUCAGGCCCUUUGCAGACCCUUCCCCCAGGGAACCCUGCUACCACAAACCCCUUGCAGCCUCAUCUGAGAGCCAAAGGCUUUAGGAGGGAGCAGAUCUGUGGGACGGAUGGGACCCCAGCUGCGUGCAGGGUGUCCCAUGUCCCAGUGGGAUGGCCAAGGUGCAGUGUGGGCUUCCACCAGGGGCAUGGACAGUGGCAUGGGGACAUCAGCUUUCCACUUCUCUCCGGACAUUUCUGUGGCCUCUCCUCUCAGAGCUUGCUGCCCUGGUUUUCUCUCCAUUCAUUGCAUUCUCCUCUCUUCCUCUCUCCCCGUCUCUGUCCUUUUUUCUCUCUCUCUCUUUCAGGAAGGGUCUCACCCCAUGCCUUCCUGCUGCCUCUUCUGGUUCUUCUCCUCUCCUUGCCCCCGCUGCUGGGCACCAGCUCUUCUCAGCCUCGUUUACAUCCACUUUCCCUGCUCUGCCUCCCCCCCUGCCCUCCUCUCGCUGCCCCCUCGAGGGGCAGAGGGGAGAAUUUGAGUUGCACACAUGGAGUUGAUCAGAAGAGACUUGAGUUUUCCGGCUCUGGCUCAGCCCUUGACGUGAUCCUGAUCAAACCAAGAUGUUUGGUUAAACAAUAAAAUAAGAUAAAGAAGGUGGACAGUGAUACCAUCUGGAAUGAGCUGCAUUCCUCCAAUGCAGCCCGCUGGGCCGCAGGCAGCGUCACCGAGUUGGCCUUCAAAGUGGCCAGCAGGGAGCUGAAG